CAACACCAGGGAACAAAAGUCCAAUGUCACCACCUUAGUUGCACUUGCCCUCACGCCUGAGUUUGUGCCUGUCAGCAAGUGCCACCUCUAUCUUAGGUAGGUAGGUACCUUGCCUCUGGUGUACUUUCUACAGUAGGUAAAUUAGGUAUCGUCGAAUACCGCGAAAAGUCACCUUGGGACGGCAAGUUUUGGCAAGGUGCUUGCCGACCUGCACCUGCCUACCUACCUAUGAUGGUGAAAACAUGCGAACUCACUCUUACCUUAGCCUCAAGGUUGGCCUUGCGCUUUCGAUGGCCAGGAAAGUGGGGAGACGAGAGAGAGAGAGAGAGUGGACUUUUGGUGUGAUUGUCCACGCGACAUGGCUCUGCAAAAAAAUCGAUGUCACUUGGAAAACCUCGUCGGUCAGCUGUCCCAGCCUGGCAAACCUGGGCCUUUUUGCUCCUUCCGAGAAAGAGGGUCCUCCAGCUUGAAGCCGUCUCCAAGCUAGGACACUGUCAUUGGCUUGGCAUGACAAGCCAAAAGGACGGGAGUUCUCUGCCCCCCAAGCAGCUUCUGGCGAGCUGCAGCGUGCCCUUUGCCAAUCUGGUUCGCUGCUUGAUUUUCCCUCAUGUUCACCGACCAGUAAGCUCGACCCAUAUUGUAGCCUGUAAUACCUUACCGCAGUAGGUAGGCCUCAAUCAACCCCCAUCCCGGCUU